AUGGAUUCAUUCUUCGACAUGUCGCCCCCAAAUACGGACGGCGCCGCACGCCGAAAGGCAGUCCACUGUGCACAGAAGAUUCUUGACGACGAGUUCCACGCCCUUGGGGCGGAGAUUGGCUGGUUCUAUCCCGACCUAGAUGUCAAUGGAGAAGGCAAGGAGACUAAUCACGACGGACAGCUCAAGGACAGUGGCCGGUUGGAUUUAUUGUACUACCAUCCGUCGAUUAUUCCGGGACAUCACUUACCGCAUGCAUGGCUGGAGAAGGGGAACGAGAGGUUGUCAACCAGGGAUAUGGUCAAGUAUGACGGAUUCGUCCUGAUCGCCUCGCGCCCGGGGUUGUGGAAAACAGUCGUGGCGGAAGCAGGAGGUGGUCUAGUGAACUUGAUCGGAAUCUCGGAUGCUGGUGAAAAGGCAAACAGUGAGGAGUCUCUCUGGAAGGAACGGAAAAUGGGCUUCUCAGCGUGGUGUAGAUAG